UUGGAAUUCGGUAUUUUUAAACCGGAAGCGCCGGACUGUUUGGAACGCCGAAAGCUCCUAGAAAAGGCUAUAUUGUACUUUGAUAGCAUUAUUGCGCAAACCGUCUUGGAAAUCGAAAAAGAACGCGCAACAGAGGAAUCAGAAGCCCUUGCUGAUUUGGAGUUUAAAGUUCACGAUGAAGAUGAGAUAAAUGAGGUUCGGCAUCGCAUCUACGAAGACUACGUAGAUCGUUUAAAUAAAAUCAUCGAACCGAAAAUCUAUUUAUACCUCGGUCAUUUCCAACUGCUUUUGCAUCAAUUCGAUGAUGCUCUUUCGGCUUAUCUAAAAUACGAGUCACUGGGUCAGUCAGAGGCAGAGAAAAACUGCAUUUUCUUAUACGGUCUGGGAUUGUGCACUUUUCGGUUCAACGCUUUUCACCGGGCUGAGCGGCUUUUUCAGCGCAUUUUGUACUUGCAACCCUGGUUCCCUAGAGCGAAGGAAAUUCACAUUCGUCUUGGCUACAUCUACAAGUUACAGCGCCAAUUCGAACACAGCCUGAAGCAUUUUCGACAGGCUUUAAACGACUCUACUCCCGCCACAUUCACGCGUAUAGAAAUUCGAUUUCAUAUUGCGCACUUAUUCGAAGUUUGCGGUAAACCGAAACAAGCUAAAGCGGAGUAUCGUCAGCUACUUGACUCAGAAAAGAACAACGCUCCACCUCAUAUACGUCAUUUGUGCUUGCGACAACUCGCUUGGCUUCAUCAUACAGGAGCUGGCGGAGUGAAGGGCGAUCCAAGUGUCGAAAAAGGUUUAGAUGUGAAGUGGCUUCAAAGCGCUUUGGAGUUGGACAACACCAACGGCAAGACUUGGUACUUACUGGGUCGUUGCCAGGCUGCUCUCAAUCGUGUGCAAGAAGCAUUUGCUGCUUAUCGUAGUUCCAUUGACAAAACGGAGGCCAGCGCAGAUACCUGGUGCUCCAUAGGUGUGCUCUAUCAAGAGCAGAGUCAACCUAUGGAUGCAUUGCAAGCUUACUUCUGCGCUGUUCAACUAGACAAGUGUCAUGUGGCUGCAUGGGCCAACUUAGGCACACUGUACGAAACAAUGCAACAAUACAAGGAAGCGCUCAAAUGCUAUAAAAACGCGGUGAAUGCAGAUAAAAACGGAGAGGUUCGACCGGAAUUGCGCUCCAGAUUGGCGAUUUUACAGCAAAUUGUUCCGCGUUUACCAGAAAAAUAUAUCACUGGUGGGUCACAUGCAGGAAACAGUCCGGGUGGUGGAUCUGGUGUCACGAAUGCAAAUGCCUCGUCCGUUCCCGGUGCACAGGGCGUUCCAAUCACUCAACUGCCCACAGUCGACGAGGCCUGGAGUUUGCCGAUCCCAGCUGAACUUACACAGCGCCAAAUGCAACUUCGGUUACAAGAGGCCGCCGCGAACGGGGAUGAUACUGUUGGCCAAGGUGGCGGUUUGCGCGGUGAAAAACAUCUGGCUAGUCUACUCCUGUCUCCCACUCCGGUCACCUUAGCCAAAAAGCGAUUUAAUCGCAGACAUUCAAUCACUUCAAAUGAAUCACAAAAGUCUACCACAGAAGGGUCAUCUUCGGAACCCAGUUCAAAACGUGCGCGGCAAGAUGAAGAGGGAAUGCUUGGUGCUGUUCCCUUAACUGAACAGCAAUCCCAAACACUCCAGACACUUUUGACUCAAGAAACUUCGCUAACAGCUUCACAGCGCCAGCUGUUAAAUCACUUGCAAAACCAAGCCCUAAGGUACCAUCAGUUUCGUGUUACGCAACGCCAUCACAAAGGAGGAUCUUCGGACCCAUUAGACGAAUCGCGCGGCACCACGUGUGCAGAUUCUUCCACUUUAUCUCAAAAACCGACAGACGAUGAUCCCGUCGGACAGAAUAAUCCAUCUAGCUUGACCGGACCGGACGCGGUAGAUUUGUUUCCACCAGAAGACGAUGAUGACCUACCUGCGGUUGUCGGCAGUCCCGGAACAGAUCAUUUGCCUGAAGAGGCGUUAGCUUUUCUCACCGAUGAUCUAUUGGCCCAGUUGAAUAGAACAGAGGCAGCGGCCAAUCUAGACUUGGUGGAAUUAGCUUUGUUUGCUAACUCCGGUGCUGCAACUGGUGGUGGCGGCAACGGUCCGGGAAGUGGCACUGGCGGUGCCACUGGUGUCGGUUCAAGCAAUGUAAAUGAUCCAAACACACCCGUUGAUGAUUCGAGGCCUUUGAAUUCCAUGCACUCCACAGAUGAGAAAAGCCCGAACACACCUCGACGACACAAGCCAGAAGAGGGAAUCACUCAACAAUCUGCUGGGGUCCUAAUCAAAUCUGGACUAAAUGAACUGGUAGGGGACUCUCAACCGUCAUGUUCCGUUGAUGAAUCUCUAGGGGAUCUAGGUCGGGUUGUUUGUGAUACGGGACAAAGUGUAAACCCGACUGGACCAGUUGACCUCUACACCUAUCUGACCAAACCACUACUUCCACCUACCAGUAUCACUGCAUCUUUAAGCAUCAAUAUGUCUUCAUCGGAGGUGAGUGUCUCAUUUUUAGUUUUCUUCGAGUGCUUUUAA